AUGAUCUUGCUCACGCUCGUUGCUUCGGCUCUGCUGGCCACACCGGCGGCUGCUUAUGACACGCUUCUCAAGUUCCACGAAGCCCCCGAAGUCGAAAUCCGCACCAUCGACGAGAUCCACAAGGCUGCCGUCGCAGAGGGCGGCGUCGUCACGCUGUGGCACGGUGGCGACGAGAAGAAUCAACAAGACCUCCUGAAGCAGGCGUUUGAGGAGCGCUUCCCCGGCAUGACGCUGAACCUCACCGUGGACAUAUCAAAGUAUAUCGACGGCGACAUCGACCGCCAGCUGUCUGAGGGCAACGUCUAUGUCGACAGCGUGAUACUACAGACGUUGCAGGACUACCCUCGAUGGGAUCGGGAGGGCGCCCUGCUGCGGUACAAGCCAUUGAACUUUGACAAGAUCCACCCCGGGUUCCGCGAUGUCUGGGCGUCGUGGUACGCCGUGGUCGUCUUCGGCUGGACCAACAUCUGGAACGCCGAAAAGGUGGAUCAGGGCCCCGUCGAGUACUCGGACUUCCUGAAGCCCGAAUACAAGGACAAGUUGGUCUUCACGUACCCCAACGACGACGACGCCGUGCUCUAUGCAUUCGACCUGGCUAUGCAGCAGAACGGAUACAGCUGGUUCGAGAACCUGCUCGCCCAAAACCCCCGCUGGGUCCGCGGCACCGCGACCCCGACCACCGUCAUGGGCCAGGCCAAUAACUCGUACGCCGUCACCUUCACCGGCGCCCUGGGCCUGGCGCCCGCCGCCCCUUUCAACAUCUCCAUCCCCAGGGACGGCUUCUUCGUCACAUGGGGCCAGCGCGCCGCGAUCCUCAAGGACGCGCCGCACAAGGAGGGCGCGAAGCUCCUCCACAACUUUUUGCUCGGCGACGAGUACCAGAGCCCCGACAACACGGGCAUGUGGAGCGUCCGCAGGGACAUGCCGCCCCCCGCGGGCUUCCCCGAGCUGAUGGACCUCAACUCGACAAACCCGGUUGACUUUGAGCGCUUCAUGGGGGACCGCGAGAGGGUGGAGAGGCUGAAGCUGUUUUUCGAGAGUAAAAUCGGCACCGCACAGGGACUGAGCCCCUUGAUUAACGAUUUGUAA